GCGUCGCAGCACCUCGAGCAGCUCAAGGAGCAGGCGCGGAAGGCCGAGGAGAAGCGGCUGGAGGAGGAGAAGCGCCAGGCGGAGCGGGAGGCCGAGGCGAAGAAACUGAUCGCGGAGGUCUCCGCCCUGGUGGCCGCCGGGGAGGAGAAGGCAGCGGCGCUGAAGGAGGCCGCGGGCCCGGCGUUGGAGGCCGAGGGCCUGGACAGCGCCGCGCUGAAGAGCCAGCUGGAGGCUCCCUACAAGCUCGCCCCGGAGGCCCAGGCCGCCUGCAGGGCCAGCGCCUACCUCCUUGCGGACAGGGGCACGCUCGUGAAGGAG